CAUCUCAGUGAUGAGAGAAGGUCCUUCUUUCUUCUUUUUUCUUCAGGAGUUGACAUGAGAGAAGAGAGGAUUUUUUUUUUUCCUUUUUGUGAUCAAACCACUAGUUCCACCAGCUUCUCCUACUUAGGACAUGAGAAGACCACUGAGGAAGACACUCAUUUAUCUUCCUCCCCCUUGUCUCUUUGCCUGACUGGCUGCUGAGCUGACUGACUGGCUGGAUGCUUGGCUCCCUCUCUCAGAGAACUCUCACUGGCACUUCACUCACACACUACGUGAGCUUCGCUGAGGCUGGGGUGGAGAGAGACAGUCGGGCUGCUCAGGCUUUGGAAAGUGGGAUCUCUGCUAGAUUUCUCUCUCUGUCUGUUUCAGUGGACUAAUAGAUGAGAGCAGAGGAAAUAUCUGGCUCUCUCUCCUCCAGCACUGACCACUGACCAUCACUACUGUGCUGCAUCCAUGACUUUACAUACCUGGCUGGUGUAUGGGCUUGGAUUUAUCUUGGUUUGGGCACUCUGCUUGACACAUGUCAAGGGGUUGCAGUGCUAUGGCUGCAACAUCAUUCAGGGCCAGAGGUACGUGGACGUGGGCUGCUCCAACCCAGAGGUCAUCACCUGCACCCACUCACACAAAGGCUUUAAACACCGUUUCUGCAUCAAGACAGAGAGCACGGCCCUGGGUAUCGUCCUGACCAGUGGUUGUGCCACAUCCAGACACUGCCAGCAACAAGAGCUGCCAGGGGUGCGCAUCCACUGCUGUGACUCAGACCUAUGUAACAGCGCCCCCUCCUGUCAUCCAAGCACACUCCACUACAUUGGUGUAGUGUUUAGCCUCUUGCUGCUGAGGAUGUGGUUGUGAUAUGGAGUCAAUCUGGAGAGGAACAUAAUACCAGUGGACUAUGGGAUAAAUAUUUUGUAUUAGCAACUCUCAUCUCUUCUCUUAUAGCUGCACAUGUUUAGAGCUGAAUGAGAGUUUUACUCAGUAUGGUGUUACUGGUGAGCACGUUGAAAUAGUAGCUUUUGUUAUAUUGUUAGCUUGGACUUAUGCUCAGAACAGUGGCAAAGUAACCCUGUGAAUCUGUUUGAUCAAACUAAUGAUGAAGCUAAAUUGAUGAAGUCAUCAGUGAAUUUAUAAUGCACAUCCACUUACUCAAAUAUUGCUUGAAGUACAGUAUAUGGGAUAUUAUGGGGCAUUUGUUACCACGAACGAAAGAUCUUUGUUAGUCAUAAUGUCAGUUCAUAAAAAGCUUUCAGUAAAGACACCCUGUAUCAGCAAGAUACACAAUGACUUCAAUUUUAUAAAGGCUUACAUCCACUUACUGUAUACAGACAUGAAUCAAUUUUCUGUUAAGGAGUUCAUUAACGUUCUCAAGAUCAAAUCUUUGUGUGCAUUAUGUUCUUUGAAAGUCACAAGCUAUUUACUUUGCAAAAUUAAAGAUAUUUUUUUAGUUUGCUGUCCAGUUCUCCAGGCUAAGCCUGGGAAAGCACACUGCAUGUGGUUCUAUGUAGGAUUGUAAAAAAUAUUGUACAGUGAAAGCAUGUAAUGUUGUGAAUUACUGUAUUAAAAUGUUUCAUAUUUUUCAGAAGAAAAA